AUGGUUGGCUUGCAAAAUGCCGGCAAGACUUCAUUAUUGCGAGUCCUCGCUGGCGGCGAAUUCACCCUCGACUCGAUUCCUACCGUUGGUUUCAAUAUGAAAAAGGUGCAGCGAGGCCAUGUCACCCUAAAAUGCUGGGACAUCGGCGGCCAGCCUCGGUUCCGAACUAUGUGGGAGAGAUACUGUCGGGGCGUCAGCGCCAUCGUGUUCAUCGUUGACAUUGCCGACACCCCAUUGAUCCCGCAAGCCAAAGAGGAGCUCCACGAUCUUAUGAGCCGCAAGUCGCUUGAGGGCAUCCCCCUUCUCAUCCUAGGGAAUAAAUCCGAUCUUCCGGAUAAGCUUUCGGUGGAUGAGUUGAUCGACGAACUAGACCUGAAAAACAUACGCGGUCGUGAGGUGUGCUGCUAUGGUAUCAGUGCGAAAGAAGAAACAAACCUUGACGCUGUAGUCGAGUUUCUAAUGAAAUAUGCCACGCGCCCAUAA